CCUAUCACCCCCAAAGUCACCAUUGACGACCUCCCAUGGACGCGGCCCGUGGAAUCCGUCGACUCCCUGGACUGGGCCGGACGCCGCGUCGCAUCGAGCCGACGCGGCGUCCGCGGAUCCCCACGGCGUCCGCGGGCGGCGUCCGCGCGCGGACCGGCGGCUUCGGCGUCGCAGCGCUUGGCUCAGUGGGCUCAGUGAGGUCGGUGCGCAGAAGGAUGGGCGCGCGAGAAUCGUCCGCCAUGGCUCCACCGAAGAAGGUGGAUGGAGACAUUCUGGUGAAGCUGGGGCAGCAGACGUUGGAGGCCAUCAGCAGAUUUACCAAGUCCAUUCCCCAGCAAGGCGUUUGGAAGGACGUGGAACCGGGCCAGCUCGCGGCAGACUUUGCCAAGGAGCCCCCAGUGGAGCCGACCGAAUAUGGCCAGAUCUUGCAGAAACUGGAGACCACCAUCUUCCCGGGUGCCUUAAGUUGGCAGCACCCGAAGUUCAUGGCCUACUACCCUUCCAGCAGCAGCGUGCCGGCCAUUUUGAGCGAGACGGUGAUCGCCAGCAUUGGGUCGGUGGGCUUGCAAUGGAAGUCCAAUCCCAUCGGCACCGAGUUGGAAGUGGUCGUCAUGGAUUGGGUCGCUCAGUUCCUGGGCAUCGGCCCGGCGUUCCAUCACACCUCCGGCGUUGGGGGUGGGAUCAUACAGAACACCGCAGGCGAAGCCAUGCUGAACAUCAUGAUUUGCGCUCGCACGCGGAUGCAUCGGCGACUCCAACCAGAUCUGUCGUGGGAGGAUGCCUUUCAUCAAGAUUCCUCCUCCUUUGUCGUCUACAUCUCUGACCAAGCGCACUUUAGCGUGGAGAAGGCCUGUCGCUUGGCGGGGCUGAGAUGCCGGCGAGUGGCUGCCAGAUUGGAGGGGAACUUCAGUCUUCAGCCCAGCGAUGUGAAGGAAGCCAUGGAGAAAGACCGUGCAGCAGGCCUGAAGCCAGUGGCCUUGGUCUUAACGUAUGGCUCCACCAACACCUCCGGCACCGAUGACAUCGCAGCCUUCAAAGACUUCGCCCAGGAAGAUGACUUGUGGAUCCAUGUGGACGCUGCGUAUGCGGGUGCAGCGUGGUCUUUGGAUGAGUUCAAAAAGGAUUCGCAAGCUGUCAGUGAGGUUGUUACUUCAGUGAACAUGAACGGCUCCAAGUGGUUCCUUUGCGGCUUUGAUUCGGCGUUUUUGUGGGUUCGGGAUCGUCAGCUCCUGUUGGACGUCUUUUCGGCGUCCGGCGUGUACAUGGCCGACGCGGGCGAGUUGUCGAUCUACAAUCCAGAGUUUAAGGACUGGUCCGUCCCCUUGGGCCGCCGCUUCCGGGCCUUGAGAAUAUGGAUGGUCUUCGAGUACUUCGGGACUUCUGGCAUCCGCUCAUACAUUCAGCAGGCCAUUGAUCAGGCCAACUGGCUGCGGGAGCGCAUCGAGGAGGAGCCAAAGGGACUCUUCGAGCAGCCGGUGACCACCAAGUUCGGCUUAGUCUGCGUGCGCUGCCCGAGCGACGAAGCCACUUUGGGCCUUGCAAGCCGACUGAGUGAGCUGGGCUACGGCAUUGCCCCUUCCAAGAUCUGCGAUCGUGACGCCUUGCGCAUCGCUUUGGGCUCCACAGCCACCACCCAGGCCCACGUGGAGCAACUUUGGAAGGACAUGUUGGCCUUCGUCCAAUGAGCCGAAGAUGCGUUCCGCGAGCUACGUCCGAGCUGACGACACUAGGUGCCAUAGGACCACAAGGGGUGCCAUAGGAGUUGGUCUGAAGCUGUUCAGAGGUUUGGGUGGCGAUAAAGUGGC